AUGUCCGGUCAUACAAGCGGCAGUGGUAGCAGCCACAACUAUGACUGCUACAUUCAAGAUAUCAUCAAAUAUGCCAGUGACUUCGCGCCUGGCCCAAACAUCUCGCAAUCUUCAUCUUAUGCAUCCGGUGCCAACGAAACAACCACCAACGAUGUACCACUCGGGGACCCGUUUACACAUGUGCCAGAGGGGGAUGAUCAUCUUGAUGAUUUUGACCGUCAGCUUCUUGGGGCAUCUUCCUCUUACGAUAGUAACCAAGCAGCACAUAAACUACCUCUUGCAUCUUCUUCUAUUCAGCAACCCAUUGUUCUGAACGAUGCGAGCCACCACUUCAGGCAGUACGCCACUCGAGGUGACCGAGCACAACUUUCUCAAUUCACCGCUGGUCACGCCAACCUAAACCAGCUGGAUCAUAUUCCUGUAGCUCUGUCAACACUUGAAAGUGAUGGGUCUAUAAGAAUGUCGGGGUUAUCAGGACGAUCGCAAUUCGUGGCGCCUCCGCUCUACAGUGGUCAGUUACCAAUCCCGGAUAUGAUGGAUCUGAAAAUUCUGACAGUCCAAGCCAAACCGCAUCAAAUAUCCCCCAAGCAUUUGUCGUCGGACACUUCAUCCCCAUCAUUGGGAAUUUCGAGCCCCUCUGUUAGACCCAGCAUCAAAAGAACGGCGUUGGAAACUGUCAACAGACCUUCAACGUCUCAGGUUCCCGCAUCUAUCACUGGGGGUACCUCGAUGGACCUGCAGCAUGCUUCUGAAAACCUGACAUCAAGCCGCUACGAUCAACGGACCGUUCUCUUAGCCAAGUACCGAGACGUCUUCCCAUACGCCUUCAAUUACGUGCAGUCCAAAUGUUUCCCAUACGUGUAUGGGUCUGACGACAAUGUUGUGGUUUCCGCCCCCACUAGUAGUGGAAAGACUGCAAUAUUGGAGAUGGCUAUAUGCAAUCUCCUCAAUAGGCCGAAUGGAGAGACUUUCAAAAUCGUGUAUCAAGCACCAACCAAGUCUCUUUGUUCAGAACGGGCCAGGGACUGGCGCAAGAAGUUCAGUCACCUCAACCUUCAAUGCGUUGAACUCACGGGGGAUACUUCCCCCAGUGAAGUGCGGAAAGUCGGCGGUGCUUCGAUCAUUGUCACUACCCCUGAGAAAUGGGAUUCAAUCACAAGAAAGUGGUCGGAUCAUCAUCGACUCCUCGACAUGGUGCGACUAGUUCUCAUCGAUGAAGUUCACAUUGUGAAAGACAUCCGCGGUGCGACUCUUGAAGCUGUCGUUUCACGGAUGAAGACGAGCGGUGCUAAUGUGCGCUUUAUCGCCUUGAGCGCCACUAUACCAAACCUGAAUGACAUCGCAGUAUGGCUUGGGCGUAACCACAGGCGCCAAGAACAGCCUGCCCGUCAGUUUGGCUUUGGUGAAGAGUUACGCCCGGUAAAACUUCAAAAGUACGUCCACGGAUAUAAGAGUUCUGGAAACGACUUCGCCUUCGAUAAGGUUCUCGACGGCAAACUUAUUUCGCUUCUCAGUCAAUAUGGAGAGCGAAAGCCCAUUCUUGUGUUCUGCUUUACCCGAAAAUCAUGUGAGCAGACAGCCAUUGAACUUACACGAUGGUGGGCAUCCCUCAAAGACAUCGACAAGCCUUGGCCAGGGCCCAAGAAUCGUGUUGCAGUCAGCAACAAAGAUCUUGAACAGAUUGUGACUCAUGGCGUUGCAUUUCAUCAUGGUGGACUUGACGCUGUAGACAGGAAAUCUGUGGAGAGCAGUUACCUUAACGGCGACCUCCAUGUGAUUUGUUGCACGUCAACUCUCGCAGUUGGUGUCAAUCUACCCUGUCAUACGGUUGUACUCAAAGGGACAGUAGGUUAUGUCGAUGGCAUCCGGCAAGAAUAUUCAGAUCUAGAGGUGAUGCAAAUGCUCGGCCGCGCAGGCAGACCGCAAUUCGAUCCACAUGGGACAGCAAUUAUCAUAACUAGAUUAGGAAACGUCCCAAGGUACGAGAAGAUGAUUUCGGGGCAAGAAGCUCUAGAAAGCAAACUGCAUCUCAAUCUCAUAGAGCAUCUCAACUCCGAGAUCGGCCUGGGUACUAUCAAGAACGUCCACACUGCCAAGAAGUGGCUGGCCGGCACAUUUCUUUUUGUGCGUAUGAAACAAGCACCGAAACACUAUCUAUCGGGGAUGCCAGAGCUCGAUAUACGCUCCCCAUCGGACUCUGAAGACUUGAUACAAGCUUGGUGUGAGCGCGACAUCGAGCAACUUCAGGUGCACCGCCUGAUUACAUCCGCGGAGCCAUUGAGCUGCACACAGUACGGGGCUGCCAUGUCCAGAUUCAUGGUAUCUUUUGAAACCAUGAAGCAGCUUUUAGAAAUUCCAAUGGCUGUAGAUGCGAAACAUCUUCUCAUUUGUCUUUCAAAGACCACCACGUUCGAAGAUCUGCGCUUGAAAUCUCAAGACAAGGGCAUUCUUCCCAAGCUCAACUCCGCAGUCAUGUACCCGGUUAGUGGAUCACCUAGGGAGACUUGGCACAAGGUGUAUCUUUUUGUGCAAUUCAGUCUGGCUGCUUUUGACAUGCCCGCGGAUGAGUCUGGAGCAAUCAAAAAGCAGAUUCUGACUGAAAAGAACGUCAUAUUUGAGCGAAUCAACCGUCUGGUACGAUGUGUGAUUGAUUGCAAAGUUCACGAUGGUGACGGAUUAAGCGUCAAGGCCGGCCUCGAGCUGACACGAGCCCUCGCAGCGAAUUGUUGGGAUACUCAGUCGACACAACUGCUACAAAUUCCCGGCUUGGGACCAGUAACCAUGAGAAGGCUAACAUCUCAUGGCAUCAAGACGGUUUCGGAUCUAGCAACACGCAGCUUUGUCGAUAUUGAACGAUUCGUGGGCCGCAAUCCUCCCUAUGGCAAGAAGCUACUGCAGACUCUUGAAGCUUUCCCACGGCUCAGGAUGACCAGCAGUGUUCUCACACAGAAUCACGGAAAAUUUUCAGAAUCUGAAGAUGCACUGAUGAUCACGGUCAAGGUCAACCUUGGCUAUGAAAACCAGAAUGUGCCACGUUGGAACGGCCGCGCCCCCAUCUUCAACUUCAUGGCACACGCAGCAGACGGAAGACUUACUUAUUUUACACGUGCUAAUCUCAAUCAUGUCGCGAAAUCGGGCAAUAUCGAGUUGAGAUUUCCAGUUGCCGUACGUAGCGUCGAUGAGACCAUCACCUGCUGCUUCAGUUGUGAAGAGAUUGUGGGUACCAUGGUCACCGAGGUGAUUUCACCCAAUCUGUCGCCACUGGCUUUCCAAGUCCUUUCGCGGAGACGCUCCUCGCCAACCUCCAAUAACGAACCACUGGAGGAAAUCGUCGAUGGCAUGGAUGAAGAAGGCAUCGCAGAUGCAGACAUGCUUGAUGCCUUUGCUGCUUCUGAGGCCGAUGUGAACAAAGGACCAGGGAAACAACCGCGGCUUGCGAAACAAGAUGAUGUAAAAAACAUGGAAUUUCAAGAUAUCGAUGAUCUCUUGGAAGAUAUUCCGGUCUCCGAAAAGCUCGAUGGCACCGCGGCAUCUCCAAUCCUUAUGAGCAAUGGAAAGUGGAGGUGCCAACACCGCUGUGCCGGUGGUGCUCUCACCAAGAAUGGCAAACCAUGUACACACAAGUGCUGCCACGAAGGAGCCGUCCACAGGCCAAAGUUGCUGAUAGAACACAAGAAAUCCACCAAGGUCAAGGAGGACCAAGCAAAGAGUACAAGCAAUACAGAACGUAAUGCUUCUAUGGCCCUGAACAAGACAAUACAACACAAGAAAUCCACCAAGGUCAAGGAGGACCAAGCAAAGAGUACAAGCAAUACAGAACGUGAUGCUUCUAAGGCCCUGAACAAGACCGCUAAAUUUCGCCAUUCCAAAUAUACAGCCAUGUUGGAUGUCGGCCCCGAAAGAUCCAGUCUCGGCCCCAGUAACUCCAAACGAAGCUAUUUUUUCAUAAAUCCCAACAUGAAAAGGCCGCGGGAGGAGCCAUCCACAAUUGCAAACGAAUCAAGGCUUGGUAUCCAUUCCAAGAAGCCUCGAGAUGGUGCUGAAGAUGACAAUAUUGAAUCUCUUGACUUGCGCGGAUCCAGUAACGAUGAGCUAGAAGCCCAGUCAGCGAGACAGUCACAUCAGGCAUCUCCUAAUCAAGCAAAUAAAAGGCUCAGCGUUAUUCACAAUCCAAUCCAGCCUCUGACUAUUGUGCCCCCUCGGCUCAUCAAAACUGGGAAAGCUUUGGCGACUCCCAAGGACGUACAAGUGAUGACAAGAGAAUCUUCCGAUAAAAGCGACGUGUUCGGAGAUGAGAGUGAGAAGUUUUCGCCUCCAGAGAUCUUACAAUCUGUUGAAGAUGAUCCGCAAGAGUUCAGUUCAAUGCGAAAGGGGUUAUUCCAAGACGAGACCCUAGCUCCUGAUAUUCGUGAAUUGCUGGAGGAUAGAGGCCGUGAUUUGAGCUUCGCUGCUAAUGAGCUCCAGAAGACAUCCAGGUCCGUCAAACCGAAGGCUCUUGAGGAUGUCAUUUUGAAGCCAGGAAAAGAAGCGGCCAAACACUCGCAGAAUGUCGAUCAGAACAUGCGGGACAAGCCUGGAGAGACAUUUUCUAAUACCAAUGUGCCAUAUGAUAUGAUGAACAUCGACGACUUCACGGACAAGUUGCCGUCUCUCGAAGAUGGGAUGCGUGAAGAUGAUGAUAAAGAACAAGAGUUGGUUGCUUCAUCAUCUGACAAACGGGCAACCCCGCUGCCUGGUGAACCUGCAUGGGUUGGCGAAUAUGACCAGAACUUGAUUGACGAGCUCAGAAGCUCCGUUGAGUUCAUUGAGUAG